GCGCGCGCUGUCCUACCUGAAGCAUGGACGCAGAGGAGAAACCAAAGCAGCUCCUGGACAUCAGCAGCUCCGCUGAAGCCACACGUGAGGAGGUCCACCUGGAGAAGCCGCCAUUCUCCUACGUGGCUCUAAUUGCCAUGGCCAUCAAGGACAGCGAAGACAGGAGAGCCACUCUGAGCGGGAUUUAUAAUUACAUCAUCUCCAAGUUCCCCUUUUAUGAGAAGAACAAGAAGGGCUGGCAGAACAGCAUACGGCACAACUUGUCCCUGAAUGAGUGUUUCGUCAAGGUGCCCAGGGACAGCAGGGGGGACAGGAAGGGCAGCUACUGGACGCUGGACCCCGCGUUUGAAGACAUGUUCGAGAAGGGGAACUUCCGGCGUCGGAGGAGGGUAAGGAGACUCCCCAGACCCCCCAGCGCGCCUUACCUGGCAGGUACCCCGGUGGAGUACCCGGAGCCGCUCUACCUGCAGCCUUAUGUGAGCGGUGCGUCAUGGGGGCUGUGCCAGCCCGGCUCGACCCAGACGACCGGUUACCCCGGACCGCACGCCGUGUCUGGACACACCCUGAACGCGUCCACCGGCGGCUCCGGCUACCCGCACUUCCACCCGGUCUACGGAACCUACAACCGCCACCCGUCGGUUCUGGUUCCACGCAACGGGUACCCAUAUGGCGGGGUGACCCAGCCCGUGAGUCCGGACGGGGGUACGGUCUCUGUGGGCUGCAACUACCAGCAGUUCACGUCCCUGGCGCCCCUGGCUUACUUCUCGGACCUUUAG